UGAACACGAAGCCCCCAUUUUUAUUUCGUGUCCCUCCCGCUGCCCUCUCCAGCGGCCUCAUCCUGUCAGCUGUGGGCCUGAGGUCCCGCGUCCAAAGCCUGGGGCCCGUCCAGGAGCCCAGCGCGUCCCGGCAUUUGCGCACUUAGCCGGUUUUGUUUUCCUUUGGAAUUCCUGCUUUGCACACAGCAAUGACGGCCCGAGUACUUGUAAUUGGCAAUGGAGGCAGGGAACACACGCUGGCCUGGAAACUUGCACAGUCCAUUCAUGUCAAGCAAGUGUUGGUUGCACCAGGAAAUGCAGGAACUGCUUGCUCUGAAAAGAUUUCAAAUGCUGCCAUCUCAGUCAGUGAUCACACUGCCCUUGCUCAAUUCUGCAAAGAUGAAAACAUUGAGUUGGUAGUUGUUGGACCUGAGGCGCCUCUGGCUGCUGGAAUUGUUGAGAACCUAACAUCUGCAGGAGUGCGAUGCUUUGGCCCCACAGCAAAAGCAGCUCAGCUGGAGUCCAGCAAAAGGUUUGCCAAAGAGUUUAUGGAUCGACAUGGAAUCCCAACUGCACGGUGGAGAGCUUUCACCACGCCUGAAGAGGCCUGCAGCUUCAUUAUGAGCGCAGACUUCCCUGCUUUGGUGGUGAAGGCCAGUGGUCUAGCAGCUGGGAAAGGGGUAAUUGUCGCAAAGAACCAAGAAGAGGCCUGCAGGGCUGUCCAGGAGAUCAUGCAGGAGAAGGCUUUUGGAGCAGCUGGAGAAACAAUUGUUAUUGAAGAACUCCUUGAAGGAGAAGAAGUAUCUUGUCUGUGUUUCACUGAUGGGAGUACUGUGGCCCCCAUGCCUCCAGCACAGGACCACAAGCGAUUACUGGAGGGGGAUCUUGGCCCCAACACAGGGGGGAUGGGAGCCUAUUGUCCAGCACCUCAGGUUUCUAAGGAUUUGUUACUGAAAAUUAAAAAUGCUGUUCUUCAGAAAACAGUAGAUGGCAUGCAGCAGGAGGGCACUCCUUACGUAGGAAUUCUGUAUGCUGGUAUAAUGCUGACUAAGGAUGGCCCAAAAGUUCUUGAGUUUAAUUGUCGUUUUGGUGAUCCAGAGUGCCAGGUUAUCCUCCCACUUCUUAAAAGUGAUCUUUUUGAAGUGGUUCAGUCCACCUUAGAUGGCCAGCUCUGCACCUCCUUGCCCGCCUGGCUAGAAAACCAUGCUGCUGUUACCGUUGUCAUGGCAAGUAAAGGUUAUCCUGGAGCCUAUACGACGGGUAUGGAGAUAACAGGGUUUCCUGAGGCUCAGGCUUUAGGACUGCAGGUGUUCCACGCAGGCACUGCUCUCAGAGAGGGCAAAGUAGUGACCAGCGGAGGUAGAGUCCUUACUGUGACAGCCGUCCAGGAAAAUCUCAUGUCGGCCCUUGAGGAAGCCAAGAAAGGACUAGCUGCUCUCCAGUUCGAGGGCGCCGUUUAUAGGACGGACAUUGGCUCUCGUGCCCUAGCUUUCCUCCGGCAACCCAGAGGCCUGACUUACAAGGACUCGGGGGUUGACAUUGCAGCUGGAAAUAUGCUGGUCAAAAAAAUUCAGCCUUUAGCAAAAGCCACAUCUCGACCAGGCUGUGAUGUUGAUCUUGGAGAUUUUGCUGGUCUUUUUGAUUUGAAAGCAGCUGGCUUCAAAGAUCCUCUUCUGGCCUCUGGAACAGAUGGCGUUGGAACAAAACUGAAGAUUGCUCAGCUGUGCAAUAAACAUGAUACCAUUGGUCAAGAUUUGGUUGCAAUGUGCGUGAAUGACAUUCUGGCACAAGGAGCAGAGCCCCUCUUCUUCCUCGAUUACUUCUCCUGUGGGAAACUUGACCUCAGCACAGCCGAAGCCGUUGUUGCUGGCAUCGCGAAAGCUUGUGGACAGGCUGGAUGUGCUCUGCUUGGAGGUGAAACAGCAGAAAUGCCUGACAUGUAUCCUCCUGGAGAGUACGACCUUGCUGGUUUUGCCGUCGGCGCCAUGGAACGAGAUCAGAAACUCCCUCACCUAGAAAGAAUCACCGAAGGGGAUGUUGUUAUUGGAAUAGCUUCAUCUGGUCUACACAGCAAUGGAUUUAGCCUUGUGAGGAAAAUUGUAGCCCAGUCUUCACUUCAGUACUCCUCUCCAGCACCUGAUGGUUGUGGUGACCAGACCUUAGGGGACCUACUUCUGACUCCAACAAGAAUCUACAGCCAUUUGCUGCUGCCUGUCCUACGGUCAGGUCAUGUCAAGGCUUUUGCCCACAUUACCGGUGGAGGAUUGCUGGAAAACAUCCCCAGAGUCCUCCCUCCGAAGUGUGGUGUGGAUCUAGAUGCCCGGACCUGGAGGAUCCCUAGGAUCUUCUCAUGGUUACAGCAGGAAGGGCAGCUCUCUGAAGAAGAGAUGGCCAGAACAUUUAACUGUGGGGUUGGGGCUGCCCUCGUGGUAUCAAAGGAUCAGACAGAGCGGAUUCUGAGGGACAUUCGGCAGCACCAGGAAGAAGCCUGGGUGAUUGGCAGUGUGGUCGCUUGUCCUGAAGGUUCCCCUCGUGUGAAAGUCAACAAUCUGGCUGAAGCCAUGCAAAUGAAUGGCUCAGUAAUGGAAAACAGCUCCCUGAAAAAUCAUUGCUCCGUCCAACCCACCAAGGCCAGAGUGGCUGUCUUAAUAUCCGGAACAGGUUCAAAUCUCCAGGCACUCAUAGACAGUACUCAGGAUCCAAAUAGCUCCUCACACAUUGUUGUUGUCAUUUCCAAUAAAGCUGCGGUGGCGGGCUUAGAGAAAGCAGAAAGAGCUGGUAUUCCCACCAGAGUAAUUAAUCAUAAAUUAUAUAAAAAUCGUGUAGAAUUUGACAAUGCAGUUGACCAAGUCCUUGAAGAGUUCUCCACAGACAUAGUCUGUCUUGCAGGAUUCAUGAGAAUUCUCUCUGGUCCCUUUGUUAGAAAAUGGAAUGGGAAAAUGCUCAACAUCCACCCAUCCUUACUCCCUUCUUUCAAGGGUGCGAAUGCCCACGAGCAGGCUCUGGAAGCUGGAGUCACAGUCACCGGCUGCACCGUGCACUUCGUAUCGGAAGAUGUAGACGCCGGACAAAUUAUUUUACAAGAAGCUGUUCCCGUGAAAAGGGGUGACACUGUUGCAACUCUGUCUGAAAGAGUAAAAUUAGCAGAACAUAAAGUAUUUCCUGUAGCCCUCCACCUGGUGGCCUGUGGAGCUGUGCGGCUUGGAGAAAAUGGCAAGAUCUGUUGGGUUAAAGAGGAAUAAAGCCUAAUUCCAGAGUGGAGCUGUUUUGAAAGAAUUGUGACUAUUUGCUUGGUAGUGGUUUGUUGUUUUGUUUUGUUUUGUUUUAUUGUGGACUUGGCCCAAAAGGCUACUAAUGUGCCUGGGAAAGCAGUGGAAUGGCCCAGAUACUUGGCUCCUGGCUUCGGCCUACACCAGCCCUAGCUGUUGCAGCCAUUUGGGGAGUGAACUAGCAGAUGGAACAUCUCUCUUUGUCCCUCCCUAUCCUUCUCUCUGCUACUCUGCCUUUCAAAUAAAUAUUUUUUUAAAAAAAAAGAUCUCACCCUUACCCCCUUGGCCAUUUUUUUAAUAAAUACAUUUAUUAAAAACAAGACUAGUGCAGCAAAUCUAAGACUACAAAUAUCAUCUGUGAUGGUUCGUAUUUUACCUUUCUUAUUCACAAUCCACCAUCAAGCUGGUCAUUCAGAAUUCCCUUCACUAAAGCCAAAGAAGAUACUAACACUUAGAGUCUUGUCUUCCUUUUCUGACCAAUACAACCUCAAUUUUUAAGUCAUGUAUUCUCUAAUUGUUAAUUCUUAUGCUUUUGAAGCCAUGGCUGCUGAAUGUGCCUGAGUCAAAAGGUGCAAGAAAUGAUGAGGAGAUGCCCAACUCUGUCACCUGUGCCACUCCUGUUCUUGCUGCUCAGCUGGGGCCAGCGCUGUGGCAUAGUGGGUAAAGCCGCCGCCUGCAGUGCCAGCAUCCCAUAUGGGCACCAGUUCAAGUCCCGGCUUCUCCACUUCCGAUCCAGCUCUCUGCCAUGGACUGGGAAGGCAGUAGAAGUUGGCCCAAGGACUUGGGCCCUGCACCCACGUGGGAGACCUGGAAGAAGUUCCUGGCUUCAGAUCGGCACAGCUCCCACUGUUGCAGCCAUCUGGGGAGUGAACCAGGGGAUGGAAGUCCUGUCCCUGCCUCUCUGUAGCUCUCCCUUUCAAAUAAAUAAAAUUUUAAAAAACUA